AAAAAAAACAAAAUAUAUAGCUGUUUCUCUUGGUCAUUUAUUAACUGUGAAUGUAUUGUGGUUUGUAUUUUGAGAAUGCUGUGAGACAGAAGAUUUCAACUGCAACAUUACCAUAAGAGAUGGCAGAGACAACACCACCAUCAUACUCCCGAAUAAAGAGAUUCUAUCCAAGCAAGAUAUUGUAGUAAUGCCUAAACCAGAUCAUAACUUCUCAUGUAUUCCAUCAAAGUUCUACAACGGAACAGGUUUCCUUCUCAACAUUGACAGGUGCUGGAAUGUGGGUGUCAGGAAUACUAGAUUGAGCCAAGCGGACCUUUGUGGAAAUUACUCAUCCUAUGAUAAGCACGCUUGCGGAGAUUUAGCAGAACCACACCUCAUGCUCACCAUUGAUAAUAAUGGGAAAAAGACCUGUGUGUCAUGUAAGCCACCAGGGAAAAAGCCAGACAUAUCUCUCUUCCCUGCGUGGAGCAAUAAUGAUAGUGAUGUCAGCCCAGACACUGCAGUAAAUGUCAUGAAUAAGCUCUCCUCCCUGCUGGAACUGAUGGGCAACUGCAGCACAGCAGCCAUCACAAUGGGUGAUAUUAAAGGGUUGCUCACUAAACUCCCCUCCAAAAAUCAUAGCGACAUCAAAAAUGGCAUUACAACAAGUGGUGAUAUGAGAAUUCUUGAGAAUAACACUGAUUUGGUGUCAGACUUCUCUCGGUCUGUGAAAAUUCCUAAAGAAGCAAGUGCCAUGGCAGUAAAAAGAAAUGGAUCAUAUGCUGGAGUUAUGCUUUUUCCAAGAAUGUUUCAGGAUGACCCCAACAGCUUCUUUUUCAACGAUGAAGUAGUGGGAAUUGAAAUGGGAGCAGAAAUAUCCAAUCUCUCCCAAACCAUAGACAUUCAUUACAGUAAUGUGGACAAGAACGGAAGUAUUGCUUCUUGCAGGUCGUGGGAUGGCAAUGUGGCAACACAGAUCUGGACCACAGAUGGCUGCAAAACAAAGGAGACCAAAAGCAGCAUCACAUGCCAGUGCUCUCAUCUUACGUUUUUUGCCAUACUGUUGUCACCUCCACCUGGAAACAUCAGCACUUCAGAUUUUAAUUCUCUGACCUACAUCACAUCGAUCGGCUGUGGCCUGUCAAUGUUCUUCCUGGCGGUGGCUCUCUUCAUGCAUUGUCUUAUCAGAAAAGGGAAAGCGAGCCAAGCAACUAAGAUCCUGAUGAACCUCUUUGUUGCCAUGUUCACCCUGAACCUGUCCUUCCUGAUAAAUGAGACCGUUGCCAACCUAGGCAACUACACUGCAUGUGUGGUGAUGGCAGCAGUUAUGCACUACACCAUGUUGGCUACUUUUAGCUGGUUUCUUGCUCAGGCUCUGCACUUGUACUAUAAUCUUCACAAGCUCCCCUCUAAGAUCAAACAUUACAUGAUGAAGAUUUGCAUCACUGGAUGGGUCACACCUGCUGUAGUGGUGAUCGCUCUGCUUGCCACGAGGAAAUAUGAUUACCUGGUUAUUUAUACUGAUAAUGGGAAUUCAGCAACAAUGUGCUGGAUCUCUGAUGCCAUCGUCCACCAAGGGGUGAAUAUAGGUUAUUACGCUGGGGUGUUCAUCUUCACCUUAACCGUAUUCAUCAUAACUGUACGACAGAUUGCUGAUGUUAAAGCCUGCAGAAGCUCAGAACAGCAGCUCCAUCAAGACAAACUCUUUCUCCAUUCUGGGCCUUUUCCUUCUGCUCGGCAUCACCUGGGCCUUUGCCUUCUUCAGCUAUGGACCUCUGCUCCUCCCAUCCUACUAUAUCUUCACCAUCCUCAACUCCUUUCAAGGUUUCUUCCUCUUCAUCUACUAUUACAAUUCUAGCAAGACUGUGGACAAAAACCCCAAAGCUGACAGCAGCAGCAGCACAGCUACAGCAAACACAGUAACACCAUCUCCUUUUCAAUAAGGUGUUUAUAUUGUGAAUGUUUUUGGCUUUUAAAAAAACGUAUUCUGUGCCUGAGAAUAAUUUGACACAAGAGGGCAGCAUUUUAUUUUAUAUGAUCAAGUAGAGCUGUUUCUGAAUGAAGUGCUGGUAAGUUGUUAUAAGUAAGUUUCUCAUUCUCUCUGACUCCUCUCUUCUUGAAAUGCCUUGUGUGUGUGACUGAAUCACUAGUCUGACCUGAAAUGCCUAAUUUGGAUUACUUAAUUGACAAAAAAAUAAUGAAAUGAGUCUAGUACUGACAGCUGAGAUAAAGUGGUCUCCUGGAAGUCAUUUGUGCAGACGACUGAAACUCAGUCUCACUCACUGUGAAAACUUGCCGGGAAGGUUGUGAUUCACUCAGAAUAUAUUGCAGCCCUCUUAAAUCAAAGCCUCAGUCAUACACUGGAAUGUGGAGUGAUGGCAAAACACAGAAAAAAACAAAAAAAGGUGAAGGGAAGUCUUGUCUCUCACAUACUGUGCAGUGUUGGGGGCUGAGAUCCCAGCUAGCACUUUGCGUGCCUGCAGAUAAUUACCUUGUGCCUACAGAGAGCAGUAUCCACUGUGCAGGAAGCCUUAACUGGCUGACAAGAAAUGAGCUCAUGACAACCUAUAGUGAUAAGAAACCUGGGGGCACGCCACUAUGUUGAAACCAUUCUGAUAUAUGACUGUAUUUAACCAAUAUUUAUAGCAUUUAAUAAGUAAAGUGUAUCUGUAGAAAACUGUGUAACAAUAGUGAAAAGAAUCAUUGGGAAUUGUGUGUUUUCUGUGUUGUUAUCCAGUAAAUUGCAUAUUUUUUCCUUAUUUUUGAAAUGAUUAUGAUCUUAUGUUUUCAAUAUAGUGUUUAAAGUGACACAAGAGUUCAUAACUGAUUAAAUCUUACAUUCAUCAUCAUUAUUAACUAUUCUAUAUAAUUUAGUUUAGUCUUGUGUUUCAUUUAAUUAGAGACUUGUCAAGAUUUUUGAUUUGAUGAAAUGUGUUAAGAAUUUCUUCUUGCACAAAUGUGUGUUUUUGUGAAAUAAA